CGCCCCGAGUCUACGGAGUGCGGAGUUGUAUACGAAUCAUGGCGACACCCGACCCCGUAGACCCGGCUACCCUAGAGAUUAAGACCCGUAGCAUAGAACAGACACUACUCCCUCUAGUAAAACAGAUAUCCACCCUAGUCUCCCACCGGGAAAGACCGCUAUGUUCGGACCGGAGUCUCAGAGCCGUCGCCAGGGUCGGCCAGGCGGUAAAUUUGGCCGUCGAAAGGUUCGUCACCGUCGGGGAAACCAUCGCCGACGAUAACCCCGAGAUCAAACAGGACAUGUACGAGGCCUGCAAGGAAGCUAGAGCUGCUGGAUCGGCCAUUGAAAAAUUGUGCGAAUGCGCGAUGGAGGACAGCUUGGCGGACAGAGGGUCAGUCGUGAGAGCGGCACGAUGCCUUUUGGGAUCGGUAACCCGAGUGCUGCUCCUGGCCGAUAUAGUUGUAGUCAAGCAGCUUCUCCUAGCCAAGGAUAAAGUCGCACGAAGUCUCGGCCGCCUCGAGAGCGUCUCGAACUUUACAGAGUUCGUGAAAGCGUUCAGUCAGUUUGGUGCCGAGAUGGUGGAGCUGGCCCACCUGACGGGUGAUCGACAGAAUGAUCUCAAGGACGAAAGGCGGAGAGCCCAAAUGGCCGCUGCUCGUCAAGUCCUUGAGAGGAGCACCAUGAUGCUUCUUACCUCCAGUAAAACCUGCCUCAGGCACCCGGAAUGCCCGUCGGCCAAGGAAAAUAGGGACACAGUGUUCUGCCAAAUGAGGAGAGCUAUGGACCUGAUACACUACGUGGUCAAAGACGGGGUUCUGGACUGCAGCGAGUCCCAGCAAUCCUAUACCAACUCCCAGAAUCCCCAGCAAGAGGACUGGGACAGUAGCACCGUCUGCUCAGCACUGAAACACUUCGAGCGCCUGGUGGAAACGACGAGAAUGACCUUGCUAGGUCCAGGUUGUCGAGAAACCUUGACGAGGGCGCUGGACACCGUGGUCGAGAGGACCCAGGACUUCACGGACAGUGCUUACACCAGUCACGAGCACAGAGAGAACAUUCUCCUUCUAUGCGACAGGGCGAAGCUCGAGUUGAACCAACUAUUGAGGAUCGGGAACAGCAUGGAGAACUUUGAAGGCGGUGGAGGCUCACCGAGCUCGGAAAUGGAACAAGCCGUUCUCGGGGUCCUGCGGGCCACCAGAGACCUCCGGCAACAACUCGGUACCACCACCAUGGAACAGGCUGGCGACCUUGGGCAGGUCACCAAGGCUGGUCAGGAGCUUGUCUCUACCAUUCGUAAUCUCGCCCUGGCGAACGACAUAGACAGGCUUCAAGAGAGCAGCGAUCGGUUUCACGAGUACAUUGAACACAUUCUCGAGGUUUGCAAGCUUUUGAGACACGUGGCACUCUCCGAGUCGCUUCAGGUCUCGGCCAAGUUCACGGAAAUCAACUUGAGAAUAUACGGACCGCAGGUGGUAACGGCUGCUCAUACAUUGGCGAGGCAUCCGACGAGUAAAAUCGCCAAAGAAAACCUCGAAGUGUUCGCCGAUAUGUGGCAGUGGCUUAUGUCCGACGUAACCGCGGUCGCAAAAGACGUCCUCGAGCUGAGUCAAAAUCGACCCGAGAAGCAGGUUUAUAUGUCGCUUCCGCGACCAGGGAAACACGGAACGACGAGUAAACCGUUGAAGCCCGUGCGACUGGACAGCGAGGAGCAAGCCAAGAUAGCGAAGGCUGGUCUGGAGAUGAAACUGAUAACGUCGGAGAUGGAUGCGGAAACUGAGAAGUGGCAGGAAAGCGGGUCGGCUCUCGAGGAGAACAAUGACAUCGUAAAGAGAGCCAAGAACAUGUCGUCGAUGGCUUUCUCGAUGUACCAAUUCACCAGAGGAGAAGGCGCCCUGAAGACGACCCAGGACCUCUUCACGCAAGCUGAGUAUUUCGCCGAGGAAGCAAACAGAUUGUACAAAGUUGUGAGACAAUUCAGCUAUCAGGUGCCGGGCGGACCCCACAAGAAGGAGCUUCUGGAGAACUUGGACCGAGUGCCGACCUACGUCCAGCAGCUUCAAUUCACGGUGAAGAAUCCCACCGUUGGAAAAGCCGCGACGUUCACGAAGGUCGACAACGUUAUACAAGAGACUAAAAACCUGAUGAACGUUAUAUCGAAAGUGGUCACAACCUGCUUCGUCUGCGCCACAAAGCACAAGGUCAGCAUGCCGGAGUUGGUAGACGCCGGCCCGGCGCCACUUCCGGUUUCGGCUGGGGUCGUAGGUCCCGGGCCAGUCGAGGAGGAGUGCCUAUAUCCGGUCAGCCCGAAGCUGCUGCCCUCUCGGAGUCCGUACGUCCAGCCUCACCCCCUGACCUCCUACCAGCUCCGCAACAUCCUGAAGCCCUCCUUGCCCCCGCAGCAGCCGCUUCUUCCCCUUUGCACGGUCCAUGGGACUCUGCUACAGUCCCUCCUCGCGAAACGUCCCCAGGGGUUGGAUUCCACCCACGGAAGACGGCCCGUCUCCAUCCCCAUCCCCCUUACCGCCCCCGGCACCCUCCCUCCGAAUCCCCAAGGGCUUCGAGCAUCUUACGACUUGCAAAACCUGCAAAAUCUGCAAAACCUGCAGCAGCAGCUGCACCACAUGCAGCUGCAACCGAGAUAACACUUAAUUGCGACGCUGUUCGGCCGCUUUCGACUGAAAACACAUUUCUCACACGCGAAAAUCACACCUUUCUCCACCACUCACGUCGGGAACACGAUCAGCUCUAUCGCAAAUUAUUUUGCACAGUACAACCUGGAUUUCCGAGGUCUGUCGGCGCGUGGGAGCGGCGGCUCGCCGUAC